UAUCUACACCUAUAGACGUCUAUCCGAUUAGUUCGGUCGCAGCGGAUCAGAUGAUGCUGACAAUUCUAAAAUUAUUUCUGCACUUGUCAAAAUACAAUUUCGACCUUUAUCCAAGAAGAUUUGGGAGUCGCAAGUUGUCCAAAGUCUCACCUCACCUCGGGUGAUUAUCGUCGUCUCGAUAAGAAGAAAGUCCACACCCACGCGAAAAUAAUAUAGCAACUUUUGCAAAAUCCCAGUAGUUUGACUUUCUAAAUUGGCAAUUAACUCGUUAAAAUGAGCAGCGGAAAUGCUGGUGGUGGUGGUGGUGGAAGUGGGAGAAGGACACAACGGACGAUACGAGACGCGAUAAAAACGAUACAACCGCAAGUCUUUAAGGAACAAUUGUCCGAUACUUCGGAUAUCGUGGGGACAAGGAAGUUAGCCCCGAGGACGAAGAAGGCAAUGCGUAAUCAUCUAUUUGAACAUUUGGAUAACUACUUUGUACAUCCGGGGAGGAAAAUUGCUGGUAGACCGUUACAAAAAUUGGUGGAGCGACAAUUUGACGCUGUUAGAAGAGAAAUGAAAAGUAAAGCGGCAGAAGAUGACGAGCGGAAAUCAAUGGAACCGUUAAAUGAUGAUUUGAGAACUUCAAAUACCAAAGAUGUCCCUGGUUUAGUGAUUGACGUAUCACCUGCUGCAAAACUUAAUUUAUUUCCCAAAAGGAAUCCGGGCGACGUUCGAAAGAGUUACGUUAAACGGACGCCCAAACGCAAGACGCCUUUACCAAUGCCAAUAUUUGGUCUGCCCAAUCAUAAUACCCCAAAAUUUGGAAAUGAAGUUCAUAUUUCCUUUAUUGAAGAAUCCACACCCACCGAAACAGUGGUGACAAUUGCUCCCGAAACACUUAUCAUGGCACCUCCUCCCUCUUACUCGACCAGAAGUAGGAGUAGAAGUCGGAGUCCGAUAAAAGCCAUGGCGUCCCCACCACUACCACAAUCCGACCUCGUUAGGCACGUUCUGAUCUCAGGAGAAGACCAAGUUCCAAUGAAAAUUGAACUGACCCACAUACCGCAAUAUUCCAAUGAGAUAUCUGUAGACCAAUCGGUCAUCGUAUCAGAUUCAAACUCCAUCAACAACAACGUUUUAGACUUAUCCGACCUAAUACAAUCUAAUAAUGAUACCCACAUCGAUGGCAAGAUUGAAAUAGCUUCAAGCGAAUUAGUCUUAUGCACAUCGAUCGACGAAAUGAAUCAGGUCAUCGUGAUGGGUGAAAACGGAGAAAGAUAUCGUUUCGUUGCCCUAAAUGAUGGACAAGUCUCCCUCGUGCCAGAAGAUUCAGCGGUGCAGUAGGAAAUUAAGUGUUUUAGGGAAUAUUGACUUUUUAAUGUAUUACGAUUUAAUUAUUCUGAAUGCAAACCCUUCAUAACUCGGUGUUUAGUUUCGUAAUUAAGAGGUAAAUGACCGGCUCGGAUUUUAUCGCCUGCACUUUAAGUUUUUAUUUUGUAUAAUGUACUUUUUUCUGUAUAAUGAAUGUGACCCGCACGUUGUUUUAAGUUAACAAUUUUUUAAAAGUGUGAAAAUACCGAAUUUUAUAUAAUGCUCGACAAUUUCUUGCUGUAAAUAUGAAAUUAGACAAAUAUCGAUCGUAUAUACACGGCAGUUAGGAAAACUCCAUUUUUGAAAUUUCCCUAACUCCCCAUAUUUCUUGAGUUAGGUCAAAAUUUCCCGAAACAAUAUGAAAAAUGUUGAGAAGACGCUGAGGAGUGAUUUCGGCUCCGGAAAUUUUGAACAAACUCAAGAAAUGGGAAGAGUUACUUUACGGAAAUUUUAAAAAUCUAAGUUUCCUAACUGCCUAUAAUUUACUAGCUUUAUUUUCCACCUAGUAAAAAAACUCUCAAUUUUAUUCAGAUACAUGAAUCACGCUGUAAUUUACUAAGAAAUCCUUCCUGUCAGUAAUGUAAUGCAUGCAGCAAGAUUUCGUAGAAAAUAAACAGAGUAAAUGUAA